AGGAUGGACAAGGUGAAGAGUAAGCUUAGAGUGAGGAACACAAUGGUGCGACAGUGUAUGGGGGAAAUCCUGGGUACCUUUGUGCUUUUGAUGUUUGGCUGUGCUGCAUCAGCUCAGGUGAAGACUAGCCGGGAGACAAAGGGCGAGUUCCUUUCCGUCGCUAUGGCCUUCUGCGUGGGCCUCAUGUCUGCCAUGUACCUCUGCGGAGGUGUCUCAGGAGCUCACCUGAACCCUGCAGUUUCUCUCAGUUUUUGUAUCAUAGGACGACUCUCCUGGAAGAAGCUUCUUCCGUAUUCUAUCUCCCAGGUGCUUGGUGCUUACCUGGGCUCUGCUGUUGCUUUCCUUCUGUACUAUGAUGCAAUCAUGGACUAUAACCAGGGCAAGCUGACUGUUACUGGUCCCAAUGAAACAGCAUCCAUCUUUGUCACCUAUCCGUCAGAGUAUUUGUCUUUGCAAGGAAGUUUCCUUGACCAGGUGAUUGGCACGGCAACACUGCUGCUAUGUAUUCUUCCUCUGGAUGAAAAACGGAACAACCCAGCACCUGCUGGUCUGCUGCCUGUUAUCGUGGCAGCUGUGGUCCUGGGAAUCAGCUUGUCCAUGUCCAGCAAUUGUGGGGCAGCUAUCAACCCCGCGAGGGAUUUUGGGCCCAGACUCUUCACACUGACGGCGGGCUGGGGCACUGAAGUCUUCACGUGCUACAACUAUUGGUUCUGGGUACCACUGGUGGCACCCACACUGGGAGCUAUUGUAGGUACCUGCAUAUACCUAGUCUUUAUCCAGUGGCACUUACCAGACCCUGAGGCUGAGCCCGAUACCAGAAUAACCGAUAUCCUGGAGACCAAACCCUGUGGAAUGAAACCAGUACCUAUGGAAAAGAAAGGAACAGAAGGCUUUAACAGAAAGGCAAGCAAGGAGAAAGAAGAACGUCUGUGA